AUGUCGCCCGCUCCAUCGCCCGGAAACGAAGUGUUCCCUGGCAGUCCAUCUAUGCGGCAACCCGCCUUGUCCUGGCUGUACAGACUAGAAUGCCAUAUCGCCAAGGAGGAAAUCAACGUGGGUACUCCCCACGACGCGGGGAUCAUCCGCAGCGUCGCGAAUAUUGUGCGCGGAAGCAUCAAGGGUCCUGGCAUUGAAGCAACUGUCCUGCCACUAGGAGGAGCUGACUGGGCCACGGUGAUCAAGGGAACCCACUCAAUGAAGCUCGAUGCGCGGUAUACAGCGCGCACAUCAGACGGUCACUACCUAUACAUCCGCGCCCACGGGCUGUAUCGUCCCGGUCCAGGAACAGAGUACGCAAAGCAAGUUGAACAAGACUGGACACAGGCCCCCAAAGCCGUCGUCACGCAAGACGAUGUGGAAUUCUUUUCGCAUCUGCGUCUGGAGGCGGGACUGGGCCCGUACAAUUGGUUGAAUGGACUGGUCUGCCUCGGCGUGAUGGUCUGCGAAGGCGAGAAGAUCUGGAUCGAUGCGUACCAUCUCACGAACUUCCCGGGCAUCAAGCCGGAAAAUGUAGUUGCCAAGGCAUGA